GAUUCCGAAUCUUACAUUAUGGAAUUACCUCUAGCAGUGAAACCAACGAGAACAGAUUUUGUGUGAAAAAGUUUAAUUAUCAUCUAUAUGUAAUUAAAUAUUAAUAUCAAUUCGGUUUCUAUUUGUGCAUUGUGUACUUAGAAGUUCAAUGGAAGUGAGAAAUAUAAGUUAAAUUCCACAUAGAAGUGGAAAAUUUGAUCCAAUGGUCUUAGUCAUUGCCAAGUAGAGACCUAUCCGUCGCACCCAUAAUUCAUCUCUGAAAAGUUUUGCACCACGAAAGACAGCAGGAAAUCCAAGAGAAAAAAGUUAAUAAACGGAAGAAAACAUUCUCUACCCACAUAGAGGUGUAACUUGAAGAAGGAUUAAGGGGUAAAGAUUGUGAAACACAUCUAAUAACAUAAACAAAUAAAAUAAGGAAUAUAUCUGAAACGGACUAAAAUGCCUCUUCCAAAGAGACAUGUUGAGCCGGUGUAUAUUGCAAGAUCGCAAUAUAUCAAUAAUGAUUUUCAAGAGUCAAUUGAAUUGGAAACUGUUACGAAUACAACACUAACAAACAUCAUUCGGCAAUUGUCGUCCUUAUCGAAACAUUCUGAGGAUUUAUUUGGAGAACUAGCCCGUGAUGCUGGUUUCCUGUCAGACAGGGUGAAUUCUUUGCAGGCUCGAAUUGACCGUUUAGCCAUAAAGGCCACCCAAUUGGAUAGCACAACUGAAGAAAUAUCAUUGACGGAUAUUCAACUAAAGAAGGCAUUUAAGAGUGCCAGUAUAUUUGAUCAGCAAAUUUUUUCACGCAGCACAAUGCCAACUGCAAUGUUGGAAACGUACAAGCAAUGUGAUAAGCCGCCACCACUUGAUAAGCUCAAUUGCUACAGAGAUGAUGGCAAAGAUGGACUGAAGUUCUAUACGGAUCCAAAUUAUUUUUUCGAACUCUGGCGACAGGAGAUGCUUAAGGAUACAGAAAGGGUGAUGCAUGACCGCGGAAAAAAGAUCCACAAACCACGUACAGAUGGAACAUCUGCAACGGGCCCGAGACAUAAGAAGCGUGUGAGAACACCCCAUAAUACGCGAGAAAAGCAACGCCAAAUAGCAAUAGGACAUGGAGAAACGUUAAUGCCAAAUAAUGUUAUCUAUAGAACACCAAAUUCCCUCAUCAACCAAGAUAAUGCCUAUAAUAAUAUAUCAAUUUACGAUAUGAGACCGAACAGACCAAAUUCAAUUGAACUGCGUCGUAGUUACCCAGCAGAGGCAGUCGAUGGCUUUUUACCGGGUUCGCCAAAUUAUCAGCAGCAGAAUAAUUUUCAUCAGCAACAGACAACUUACGAUGAUAAUCCAUACAAUCAAUCUCUUUAUGGGUCAUCCGGAAAUCAAGCACCUCUGUCGUCCGAUAGUCUCUAUGCACCGGGAACACCAACAAGGACUAAGCCACGUCCGUCACAACCACCUCCAGCACCGCCGUCUUCUGGAAGUGGUGGUGGUACUCCAACAACAUCGAAUACUAAUACUCCCACACGUGGUAGGAGCAUGUCAACAGGACGGGAUAAUUUACCCCCACCACCUCCAAUUCCAGAGGCAAAGUUAUCACCUCCCCCACCAAUUAAUGGUGGUAGUGUUGCAGCUAAACUACUUGGUAGAAGUCACAGUACAUCACGCUCUGGCUCACCUCAAUUGAAUACAUCAAUGCAGGAUCAGAAUGCUCUGGUUAUGGCUCAGCUAAAUACCCAAAUUAAUAACUUAGCAAAUAUAAACAUCCACGGAGUUCCCCAUCAAAUUAGUGCAAUGAACGAUUUACCCCCUCCACCACCAAUUCCUGAGCAGAUAUCGCCUAAACCUUCACCGCCAAAUUCGGCACCACCCCCUCCACCACCCCCACCACCUAUAAUUGAUUGCCUAAUGAGUCCACCACCUGCAAGUGGUCCAAUAAAGUCUGUGACAAAUGGCGAUGUAAACAAUUUGAAUGCUAUGAUGAAUAUGCAGCAACAAAAUAUUACAAAUACAACUAAAAAGGUUCUACCACCUAUCCACGAUAGUAGGAAUGAUUUAAUGAAAGCUAUUCGCGAUGGUAUAAAAUUAAGGAAAGUGGAGAAAUGUGAAGCUAAAGAAAAUGAACGUACAACGGCUUUUCAUGAUGUUGCAUCAAUUCUUGCUAGAAGAGUGGCUAUUGAACUUUCAGAAUCGGAAUCAUCAGAAAGUGAUGAGGAUAGUGAGGGUUGGAUGGAGCCUAAUGAAACAUCUGCAUAAUUUUGUUUUCAAUCACAAAUGGUAGAAAUUUAAAACAGAAAUUGUUUAGAUUUAAAUAAAAUAUAUAUAUUUGAUUAUUAACUAAAUGAAAGGCAAAUUACAUCGAUUUUUUGACGAAACAUUAUGCUCCUAUUUUUUACUCCCUUCAUAAUAUAUUGCCUCGUUAUACUACACAAUAAUAACGAUUUUUAAUUUUAAAUAAGCUAUGGUUUUUUUCAUUGUACAUUAUAUAUAAUAAGUGAAGUAGAUAUUUGGAAAAUAUUUGUCUAUUUGCAAUGUUCUGGUAUAAAUGAAAAUGUUUCAAGUAGAUAUUAUGUAUUUUUUUGUCAAUAUGAAAAACUUAUGAGGGAAUGUGUUAAAAAUAAAAUUUUAGUAACUCAAUAUUCAAAAAAAUUUAAAUCCUUAAGUAACCAUAUUUAUGGAGAAGUUCAUUAAUAAAAGCUUACAAAAUCGUUUAGGAUCAGAUUGGAUAACAACUAAAAUAUAAAAAUUCAUAAAAAUAUAUAGUUCUUAGUGAGCUUUACGUGUUUAAAGAAAAACGUUAUUAAAAGCGAAUAUACAUAGUACUAUUUCUCAACAACCUACUUUUAUUGCUGAAAAAAACUGAAAAACAAAUCAUGUUAAAUUUGAAGACACGUAAACAUAACAGAAAUACAUAUUAUUAUUUUUUAAAUGUUAGGCCUGCUCAUAAGUUUCCUUCGACUGACAACACAAUGAUCUUCAGAUACUUUACUCGUUCUCACGUCUGCUAAUUGCGAAAAUACCAAUUAUGAAUUGAAUAGAGUUUUUAGAAACUUGUGUGCUCAUACAAUUAGUUUUUUUUUUAGUAUCUAUCAGUUUUUUUUAUUUUGUUAAUUUUUCUAUAAAUUGUUUUAAAGAGUCAGAACAAAAAAAUGUAAAAAAUAGCAUAUUUUGCAUAAAGCAAUUUGAGAAUGUGUAAAGCAGCUGAUGAACUUAUAUUCUUAAAUUAAAAUAUAUACCUACAAUUGAAAUUGGCUUGUACAAUAACACAUUCACUGAAAUUUUGCUUUUAUGUACAAAACCUAUAAUUGAAUAUUUUCUUUUAUGCUAUGUGAGAAACUACAAAAGUUAUCUACAAUUAUGUAAAUAUUAAAAAAAAAGAAACACUAUUAAAUAUUAAUCCUGUACCUACUUCAUGAUAUUUGUUUGACAAAAAGAAUAUGAAAGAAAUAUUAAAUAAUCAGUAUAACCA